CAGCAACAAGCAGCCAACGAUCCAUUUGUCCAUACCCAAACAGUUCGCAGGAGUUUGCAUGCCCUGGUUGAGGCUGUUCGGUCUGUGAGGCUUGGUCGGCACUGGACGCCCGUCUUGGACCCUGCGCACGGCCUCGAAGCUGGGGAAGCUACGUACGCACAUCGCAACCAACCUCACACUUCGCUGGACGUUUGCAUGUGCUCUCUUGGUCACGAUAAGACUCGAACACUCGCUCUCCGCACUGAGAAUGCCACAGUAAUGCUUCUUAGCCAUCCGCCCUAUCGCCUGGCCUAUGCAGCUCCGCCAGAUUCACCCCGCAUGCCAUGAACACCACCAAUGGUUCCUCGUUGUCCACCUUUAAGAGCACCUCGACCCUGCGUCCACGCACCCGGCGAUUGAUCUCUGUCGAAGAUGACAUCUAUGCGACCGACGACAGCGAGGGCUUUAGCUCGCGGGCAGGCUCGAGGAUAGCUUCGAGGACAGCAUCGCCGGCCAACGUCACCUCGGCACCAUCAGCCUUCUUCAAGUCCGCCGGCGUCCAGGCCUCGAAGGCUACUCAGGACACAUCAUCGACGCUCUCAGGACUAUGGGGGAACUCUUGGUCAGCAGUCCAAGGCCUGGCGGCCAAUGUCCUCGGCAAUGAGACCGCAUCCAGUAGCUCAGCCGCUGCUCGAAGACGCAAGCCUACACACACAAGACGCACAUCCACCAGCGCUCCACCGCCGAAGCAAUGGGGUCCCGCAGCCGCAGGCUCGCAUAUAGGCACCGGCACACAGGAAGAGCGGGAAGCUAUGGUGCGAGCUAUGAAGCGGAAGGACCUACUCAAUGCUACUGAGCAUCUGCAGCCAGACUCAAUUGGCCGCAUGAAGCGCAGAAACUCGGACGACCGUACAAGUGCCUCUGCACCACCCGGCGAAAAUGACCACGGCGACGCGUUGAUAUACAUACACAACGUUAAGAAGCAAGACACGCUUGCUGGAGUCUGCAUCAAGUACAAUUGCGAGCAGGCAGUGCUGCGCAAAGCCAAUCGCAUGUGGCCGAAUGACACCAUUCUUUCUAAGAAGACGAUAGUGCUUCCGGUAGAUGCUUGUGGAGUCAAGGGGCGGCCAGUGCAGGGACCAGAUGCUCUGCCAGAAGAGGACCUGCUCCUUGGAGAGUAUGGCGAGACCUCAAAUAAGAGGCCAGACAGAGAAGGUCUGCCCAACGGCUGGACCACACCCAAGCAGAAGAGCACCGAAACCAGCUCUGUCGUUUCCUCCACCGACGCCUCCGAACAUCCCUGGAAACACGACUCCUGGGUGCUCCUGCCCAACGACAAACAACCCACGCAAAUCGCCCGUAUGCCCCGCCGUGCUCUGGGCUUCUUCCCACCCGCCCGCCGGAAAUCCCUCGCCUACUCAGACGCCGCCUCGACACCACGCGCCUCCGUCGACCUCCCCCGUUCCUCAACAUCCACAAACCCAAACACUCAUACAAGCUCGCCCUCGCAACCUACCCGCCCCCGCGCAUCAAGCAACCUCUCCUCCCUCUCAGCGCACAGCCGCCAACGCAGCACCUCGGGCCAACACCAGCCGCCCAAACCAUGGCUAUCCGGCCCCGGCGGCGUUGGCACACUAGGCCGCAAUGUAUGCAGCCCUGGACCUGCACAAGACGGGCUGAAUAAGAUGUUCGCCGCGCACCUCCCUAGCAUGGCUCCUCCCCCCGGACAGGAAUACUUCACACCGUGGGCGCCCUCGCUGCUAGACGUGGACGGCACGCGCGGUGCGGGAUCAGGCGUUGUCACACCCUCAGGUGGGGACAUAAAUUUCCAAGAGAUUAGUGGUGCGAUAGAAGGUUGGGUGCGUAAAGUUGGAUCGCAGGCACAGAAGCUGUUGGCUGAGCCAGGCACGCCAGGAGGACGGCAGAAAGUCGUCCCUGGUGUGGGUGCUACAGGAGGUGGGUUGGGCGAUCUGAUCGAACUGCAGGACGAUGCUUUUGAGAUUGGGGACGGAGAGGAGGAUAGAGGGCGGCCAAGAGAAGGGCAGGGAUUGGUGGUGCCUGACAUCAAUAACGAGCGGAGUGCGAGUCGUCAGUCUGCGAUUCGGGCACAGCAGUUUCAGAGCUCGAGGCAAGAUUUUAAUCUUGUGCUGCGAGAGCGGGGUAGGAAGGGGGGUAGUAGUAAGACGGAUUGAGCAGCUUUGGAUAAGCGAGCUAGAGAAAUCUUGGGUUGACAAGGCGUUUUAGAGAAACAUGCGUAGGCGCAUAGCAUCUGGGUUGUUAGUUUGAAGCAUGUUAGUUUACUCGGAUCUCCAAGAGGGGCAGAUAUUAUUAUCAUCGGUCACAUACGGGCGUCUUUUUGAGCUUCCUCUCUAAAUCUUCUGCGGUUCUGGAAGACAGCGUCACAACCGUUCAUCGAUCCCGGUAGCACAGUUACAACUCCGGGAGACUCCAAGUCCGUGUGAGGGCAUUACAAACGCUCUGAACUGUGUUUCGGACAAGCAUACACUGAGCCUUAGUCGCAUGGGCAUCCACUCAAGUCUUGCGUGUCUGCGAAGAGGUGGUCACUCCUGCGAUCCAUG